AUGGAGAGCACUAGCUUGGUGCAAGCGCUCACUCCGCUCCUGGUUGCUCUCGUACACCAGCAGGUAGUUGCUGAGGACCAGAACAUCUCCUCCGAGACUACCAGCACAAGGGUUGCGGAGUAUCUCUACACUCACAAGGUGAAAAUCCUCGCUCAGUUCAUGAACUACGCACAUGAGGUGCUCCAAGCAGAGAGGUUGAAGACACUGCUUUGGGCAGUACAGUCAUUGACCGGAUAUGAUGAAUGGCGUGAAAUCAAGGCGGCCCGGCGCCAAAAGUUGCGGAGCAUCAGCCUACGAUACUUAAGCCUGAUGAGGUUCACCGAGCUUCCCACCACCCAAGGAACGUGGUACUACAGCGUGAUCCUCAUCGAACUAGAGAGCUUCUAUCGUGAGACGCACAUUAUCCGGUAUACCUCAAGCAUGCUUCCGCCGCAUCUUGACGCUCAGUAUCAACAAGAGGUUGGGCAGGUGCGUGAUGAGUUCUUUGCAGAGGAUGCGGAAAUGAACAUAGCGAUCGCACAGUGGACCACAAUUUCGGCAGGACUCACAGUAUGA